CAAUUUGUACCUAUAAUCGGCGCGGCGAACCUUGAUCCCUAUGACAGUUCGUGUUAGUGAUGGGUCGUGUCUUUGGUCGUAUCGAUAAUAUUUUUUUUAGACAAAUGCGUGGCUUGCAUUCAGCCACGUUGGUAAACAUGUUUUAAAAAAUAUUAUAAUGUGCAUUUUUAAUGUCCAUUAUGUUGUUGUAUUAAUUUAAGAUUUUUGGAAUAGAUUAAGUAGGUAAGUAAAACGAAAGUUUCCAACCUUGUUAUUUUCUAAUAAUGUUUAAACCGGUAAACACGUUUUUGCUAUAUAAGUAGGUAUAUAUUUUAUCAUGAAAAUGAAUGUUCCCCAUUUAUUUAUUUUGUCUGAAAAAAUUUUGUUACUAUAACCUACAAUAGGCUAUAAUAAUAUUAUAGGAUAUUUUUAGAUAUAGCCACACUAUUUGGUCGGUCACUACGACGCGUCGCGUGCGAUCGCUCGGCGGCCGGCGCCCGGCGCUCGCUUCUUCAGUACGAGUGCUAACGCCUUGUAUGCGCCACGUGUUUUUUGUUAUCGGAGUGUUAAUCUACUUGUUAUUACUGUUUUUUGUUUUUGUUGCUGUUUUGUUAUUGCUGGUAUUAAAAAAUGCCGAAAAGAGUACGAAAAACUGUACUCAACAGUGAAACGCGGGAGUUUGUUGUGCGUUUGCGAGAUUACUUUGCUCGUGAACAACAAAAUGGCGGCCCUUUGUUGCCACUUGACAACGUACGCGACCGUGUUGCUGAUGCUCUAGGGAUUGGCAAGGCUACCGUUUCCCGAAUCACCAAGGAAAAGUUCGGCGAAUCAUCGAUGGAAGAGAGGAAACUCUCAACUCCAAAGAAGAAAAAAUGUAAUAGGGUACAUCCCGUCACCAGUGCAGAUGACUUCGACAUGGCUGCGAUACGUAACCAUAUUUACGGCUACUACUUCCGAGGUGAACUGCCGACUUGUAAAAAGUUAUUGACGUCGCUGAAAUCAGCCAGUUUAUUUAAUGGCAGUAUGACUUCGCUCAGAGUAGUCAUAAAAAAAUGCGGAUUUCGGUAUGGGAAGUGUGACAAAAGAAAAGUGUUAAUGGAGCGUAAGGAUAUAGCAUUGAUGAGGUGUGAUUUUCUACGAAAAAUAAAGAAAAUAAAGAAUUGGGACAAUGUGGUCUAUCUGGACGAAACGUGGCUUAACGCCAAUCACACAGUCUCCAAAACAUGGACAGACGAUACAGCAAAAUCCUGUAUCAAAGCUCCUGAAGGCAAGGGCCAGCGUUUGAUUAUCUGCCACGCUGGUACAGCCAAAGGUUUUGUGCCUAAUUGCUUGUGGGCCUUCAAAUCAGUCAAAACUACAGAUUAUCACGAAGAGAUGAAUUUUGAAAAUUUUAAGCAAUGGUUCAUAAAACUUUUGGAUAAUCUGCAUGAGCCCCACCAUAUUUUGAUGGACAACGCCCCAUACCAUUCCGUACAAGUAAACAAACCACCCACCAGCAACAGUAAUAAAGGUGAAAUACUAGAGUGGCUGCAACGCAAUGGUGUGGAGGCUGACAGUCAACUGUUAAAAAAAGAGUUGGUCAGAUUAUUAAACUUACAAAAACUCCAAACAAAGCGGACAUAUUUUUUGGAUGAAAUGGCAAAAUCUAAAGGUCACACAGUGAUUCGGUUACCGCCAUACCACUGCCAAUAUAAUGCCAUUGAGAUGAUAUGGGCGCAAAUCAAAGGUUGUGCAGCCAGGCUUAACACCACUCCGCCAUUUACAGCCAAUAAAAUGCUGAUAUUAUUAGAAAAAGCUUGUAGUGAAGUGACUCCGGAUAAUUGGAGGAAAGUCGUAGAAAAGACCAAAAAACUUUGCUACGAUGAUUGGGAUCGAGAUGUGCGAUACGACACUCUUGAAGAUCAACCAUUAUUGAUAAAUGUAGGUGACAGCAGUUGCAGUUCAGAUUCCGAGUCUGAGACGCAAACACUCAUGUCAUUAUCAGAUUCAGAAUAAAAUACAGAGUGUAACAAAAGUAAGUGAUAAAACUUUAGAGUGUGUAGUGUCCCUUAUAUAGAGUUCACUGGCAAAGUAGCAGCGCUAAAAGCAAAAAAUUUUCACAAAUUUUUUUUUUAUAAUAAUAUUAUAGGAUAUUUUUAGAUAUAGCCACACUAUUUGGUCGGUUACUACGACGCGACGCGCGCGAUCGCUCUUGCCGAUAUCGAUACUUGCCGCCCUAGUCGAUAAUGGUCACACGACGUAAGUUUUGCAGGACGUAAACAUAAAUUCAGAUUGAGAUAACUUCUUGUAAAUGUUAAGAAUUGUUAAAAAUAUCAACGGAAUAUCAUUUCUAAUGGUAUAAAGCUACGUAAAA